AUGGGGCGGUUGGGGGGCCGGGCUCCGCUCCACCUGCUGCUGCUGUGUCACGCGUGGGCGCUGCCGCCGCCCCCGCGGGAAGCGCAGCCGCUGCUGCCCGCCCGCCUGCCCGCACCGCCGGGGCAGCUGGCCCUGCGGCUGGCCGCUUUCGGCCGCGCGUUCGUCCUCCGCCUCCGCCCCGAAACCGCUUUCCUGGCCCCUCGCCUCCUCCUCCAGCGCUUGGGGGGUCGGCGCCCACCGGGCCGGACCCCCCCGCGCCGGGGUUGCUUCUACGCGGGGACCGUCGAGGGGAGCCCCGAUGCCCCCGCCGUGCUCAGCCGCUGCGGGGGGGGCGGUCUCCGCGCCGCUUUCCUCCUCGACGGGGCGGCUUACGAGCUGCAACCGCUCGGGAACCCUCGGCCCGGGCAUCCUUGGAGGAGCCCGCACCGGCUCCAGCGCCGGGCAGCCCCCUCGGGCUCCCCCCAUCUCCCCCCCGCCGGGCCCGGGGGGCCGCCCCGCCGAGCCAAGCGCUUCGUCUCCCAGGCGCGGUACGUGGAGACGCUGCUGGUGGCUGAUGCCUCCAUGGUGCGCUUCUACGGGGAAGAUGUGGAGAACCACGUCCUGACCCUGAUGUCGAUGGCGGCUCGCAUCUACAAGCACCCCAGCCUGAAGAACUCCAUCAACCUGGUGGUGGUGAAGGUGCUGGUGGUGGACGAGGCGGCAGCGGGGCCGGAGGUGUCUGACAACGGCGGGCUCACCCUGCGCAACUUCUGUAGCUGGCAGCAAAAGUUCAACCCCCCAAGCGACCGGCACCCAGAGCACUAUGACACUGCCAUCCUGCUGACAAGACAGGACUUCUGCGGACACCAAAGCUGCGACACGCUGGGAGUGGCGGACAUCGGCACCAUGUGCGACCGCAACAAAAGCUGCUCGGUGAUUGAGGACGAGGGCCUGCAGGCAGCCUACACCCUGGCUCACGAACUGGGGCACGUGCUCAGCAUGCCCCACGAUGACUCCAAGACCUGUGAGCGGCUCUUCGGACCCCUCGGCAAGCACCAUAUGAUGGCCCCGCUCUUCAUCCACUUGAACAAGACCCAACCCUGGUCUCCUUGCAGCGCCAUGUACCUCACCGAGUUUCUGGAUGGAGGGCACGGCGACUGCUUGCUCGACGCCCCAGCCAACCCCCUCUCCCUGCCUGCCGAGCUGCCCGGCCGAGGAGCCCUGUACAGCCUGGACCAGCAAUGCCAGCAGAUCUUCGGGAAGGACUUCCAGCACUGCCCCAACACCACGGAGGAGGACAUCUGCGCCCAGCUCUGGUGCCGGACGGGCGGCGGGGAGCCCCUUUGCCACACCAAGAACGGCAGCUUGCCGUGGGCUGACGGCACCCCCUGCAAAGCCAGCGGGCUGUGCUGGGACGGCCGCUGCGUGCCCCAGGAUGCCCUGAAGCCCCAGCCGGCGGUGGACGGCGGCUGGGGCCCGUGGAGCCCCUGGGGCUCCUGCUCCCGGACCUGCGGCGGUGGGGUGCAGUUCUCCUUCCGCCACUGCGACAGCCCCAAGCCCCAGCACGGCGGCAGGUACUGCGAGGGCCAACGCGCCAAAUACCAGUCCUGCCACACCGAGGAGUGCCCGCCGGAUGGAAAAAGCUUUCGGGAGCAGCAGUGUGAGAAGUACAACAGCUAUAACUUCACGGAUCUGGAAGGGAAUCGUCUGGAGUGGGUUCCCAAGUAUGCGGGAGUGUCGCCCCGAGACCGAUGCAAGCUGUUCUGCCGAGCCAGAGGGAGAAGUGAAUUUAAAGUCUUUGAGGCCAAAGUGAUCGAUGGGACGCUGUGCGGACCGGAGACCCUCUCCAUCUGCGUUCACGGGCAGUGCAUCAAGGCUGGCUGUGAUCACGUAGUUGGGUCCUCCAAGAAGCUGGACAAGUGCGGGGUGUGCGGCGGCAACGGCUCGACUUGCAGGAAAAUAUCUGGCUCGCUCAACCGAUCCAAAUACGGCUACAACGACAUCGUCACCAUCCCCGCCGGAGCAACCAACAUCGACAUCAAACAGCGCAGCCACCGAGGGGUCCGUCACGACGGGAAUUACCUGGCCCUGAGGACCCUCGAGGGCAAGUACCUGCUGAAUGGAGACUUUGCCAUCUCGGCCAUGGAGCAGGACAUCCUCAUUAAGGGGACCAUCCUGAAAUACAGCGGCUCCAUGACGACCUUGGAGAGGCUGCAGAGCUUCCGACAGCUCCCGGAGCCUCUGACCGUCCAGCUGCUGACCAUCGCCAGCGAGAUCUUCCCACCAAAAGUCAAGUACACCUUCUUCAUCCCCAAGGACGUCCCUUUCAGCAAGCAGAAAGGCAAAGAGAAGAAGUCGGCCAACGUCAUCCGACCGAUGCUGACCUCCCAGUGGGUCCUGGGCGACUGGUCUGAGUGCUCCAAGACAUGUGGCUCUGGCUGGCAGAGGCGGACGGUGGAUUGCCGGGACGUGGAGGGUCAAACCUCCUCUACCUGCGACAGAGCCCUCAAGCCUGAGGACAUCAAGCCCUGCGGAGACAUCCCCUGCCCUCUCUGGCGCCUGGGUCCCUGGUCUCCCUGCUCCCAAACUUGCGGCGAGGGCGUGCGGACGCGCAACGCCUCUUGCAUCGAUUACGCCGGUGAAAUCACCGCCCCGGAGAAAUGCAGCUCGCCGGGGCCGCCGCCGGCCACCGCCGCCUGCGUGCUGCGGCAGUGCUGAGCCGCGCCGGGACGGGCUCGGCGGCCACGCGCCGCGACGGCGAGGAUGCCGCGGGCUCGCUCGCCGGACGAAUAACCACUCUCCAGCGGUUCAUCCCCACCCCAUCGACGUCUACCUCAGAGGGGGGAAUAACGGCGGCAAAACGGGGAGGAAUCACUUCUUUUCCUUUCUUUCUUUCUUUCUUUCUUCUUCUCUUCCUGGCUGGCUGCUCGCAGGCAAGUUGGAAUUUAAGGGGAAAAGCUAGCAUAUCUGUAGGGUGUUUCCAACGCGCUGUCGUCAAAGGUGGUUGCAGACUCCGUUUGUAAGGUUCGUUGGGGUUUGUUGCUGGAAAAAAAUGCGGAGCCUGGUUUUGCCAUCGCCCCGGCCCAGCUGCAGGUCAAGGAGGUCCAGGGUGGGGGGCUUUGGUGAUAAAAUCGGGAUCCCUUUGCAAAAGGCUUGGAUCGCGUUGCCGUCCCCUCCCUGCAGCGGCGUGGGUGUCCUUGAGCACGAGGAGUGUUUUAUCAGCUGUGGGUUUAGCUUGGGAGAUAACUCGCUCGUUUGGCUGGGAGUGGGAACAAGCCGAGGGCUGGAUCCUGGCAAACAUUAGGCAGGAGGACAGGCAAGAUGGUUGCAGUGGUUUCGGCUGGAUUUAUAAUCUACGAAGCGACAAACCUCUGCCUCCAAACACCCCCAACAUCUGCAGAGUCAUUCCUAGAGCAGCAACCCCUUGCCUCUAUCUCCCCAGCUAUAAAACCAAGGCUUAAUUACACCUGAUCUGGCUUGCAGGGCUGCCGUGAGGGUUGUUAAUUACUAAUUCUGCAGUGCUUGGACUGUGAAAUGCCUAUUGCAAUACCCCGUCCCCACUCUGGAGCGGACACUUGGGUGUGCCAGCCUUUCCUCUCCCGUCCUUGGCUUUCAGUCCCCUGCAUGCUCGUUUUCUCAGCUCUGCUUGAAUUUUGGAGAUAAUUUGCUAACCUGGCUUGCAGCAGGGAUGAGCCCAGGGUCUGCAGAUGCUGAGCCUCUCCCAAGCCCGCCGUGGUGAUCAGAGCUGCCCUUCACCUCUGCUUUCCCUGGACACGUGAAGAUGCUCAGAUCCGGUGCUGGGCUUCAGCCUUGCUUGAGCAAUUCUUGGUCUAAAACCGAGCCUGGCAAGGCUGGAGCUCUUCUUUCCCAGGGAGGAAGAGCCAGGCCCCCUCUCCCCAGCCCGGCCGCUGUUUGGCCUCAGCACAGCUGGCUGCUCAGUCCCUGAACUUUCCCCCUUUCGAAGCGAUCGCCGUCCGUGUGCUGGCAGCAGCCGGUGCCUGGGGAGAGCGGGGAUGGAAUGUGGAAAGGUUUUGCCAUCACUGGAUGAGUGAUUCGGUAUCUCCGGGCUCCUCUCUCAAUGCCCCUCGCUGCUCACCUGCUGAUGCCCGUACUCUGCCUUGGUUCCCCCUUUGGCAUCAAAACAUUGAAUAUCCUGUUGGAACAGCCUUUUUUCUCAUAGAAGGGGAGAAGGGCUGGAGGAGGAGAACUUAAAUUUGUGAUGUCUGAGCUUCCCCUUUUGCAAUUGGGGAGUGAAUCCUUUUUCUUGUCUCUUUUGCCUGAGCUAAGCUCAUGUGAGACCCUUUUCUCACUGGCCAGACAGGUUUGGGAUGGGACUGUGGGGUGAGCUACUCCCACAAAGCCACGCCAGAAACCCUACCAUUCAUUUGAAAACCCGAGAUAUUCAGCUUUUAUCUCCCGUAGGCGAUUCCUAUUAAAACCAAGGGGCUGCAGCCAAGGACUGAGGGUAUGGAGGGCUUGGCUCCUUUUUUUUCAGGAAAGAAAAAAAAAAAAAUAAAGGCCAGCUGCAGAGUUUGGAUGCAGAGCUGUUUGUUCAGACCUACCUUCGGGCAAUGUUCUGCGUCUGCUAAUUAAUCUCCAGGAAUUUAAGCCCUCUCUCGCUCUACCAAAUAGCUGGAUGCUAAAGUCAUGUAGCCUUGCAGGGUUAUUUUCUUUUUCCCCUUUGAGUCUGCGAGGGUUUUAACUCAAAGGCCAGCGUUUGUUUCCUCUCCAGCAUCAUAACCAGCAUUUAGGAUGGGUCAGAAAUUUCAGUCUGAGACGGUGCCAAGGAAAACGUCUGUAUUUAUCACACAGGAGUCGUGCACGCCAAGGGUCUCUUCCAGUUCUUUAUAUUCACUGCGCGGUCGCUUAGCUGGAGCUUCCUAGAGGCAGAAACUCCCUAGAUGCAAAAACUCCCUGCUGCGGGCAAAUCCUGCUGCUUUUCCGGCAAAGAGGAGGAUGGGGACCCCGCUGGGAGCGGGGGGACCGCAGGCGGUGACGCUCGGUUGAGGUGUGGGAUUGAGGUUGAGGAUUCCUGCCCUAGCCUUCCCGUAGAAAAACGUAGCCUUUACGCUGAUUUAAGUCAAAGAGGUUAUAUAUUAGGAUAUAUAUAUGUAUAUACAUGUUUCCCUUCAGUGAAGGAUUGUAGCAAUGUACUGAGCCUCUUGUGUUAGGUAUUUAUUAUAAAUUCUGUUUGGUUUUGUACAGUAGCUGUCUGGAAAGGAGAGGAAAAAAAAAAAAAAAAAGAGGAAAAAAAGAGAUUAAAAAAAAAGACUGUCUGUGUUUUAACAUGCUGCUCUCACAUCCCCACCCCAAAACCUGCAGCGGGGUUGGAGAGGGGAUGACUCUGCUCAUCGUUUAACCACUUCAGUAUAUGGCUGGUGUCUCCCUCCUCCCUGGUGCCCUCAAAUCAGGGUGCCAGCUGAGCUGUGUAAGCAUAACAAAUCCAACCCAGAUUAAGUUUUGGAUUUUCAUUUUAAGGGGGGAAAAUAUAAUUUUCUGGUUUUAAGACUUUUGUUUGUAUUUGUUUUUAACUUUGAAAACAGUCUGUGACUCUGCCUUUACCCCUUCAAUAAAGGAUUUCCUGCCUCUUA